AUGAACGAUGUAUAUCAUCCGGGAUCAGGUGGUUCCAAGGGAUUUCCACCAGCUCCAUAUGGUUAUCCAAUGCACUGUAACAUGUCGCGUGCCUUCCAAGAAAUGACCGAUGAUGAGCGCAAGUGCCUCGAAGAACGCAAAUAUUGGUGCUUCUUACUUUCAAGUAUAGUGACGUUUUGUGUUUCAAUGUUAUUGGUUGUAAUAUGGAGGAUUGUUACACAUGUUUUUUGUCAGCGAAGAGAACGGGAUGACAUUGAUGUCCUCCUUGAUCAGGAUGAAGGAAAGCAUGGAUUGUUGAAGAGUGAAAUAGAUGGUAUAGCUGUAAAGCAAGAAGAAGUACAAAUUGGUUGGAUGACUGAAGCUAAAGAUUGGGCUGGUGAAUUAAUAUCAGGUCAAAGUAUGACCGGUCGAAUCUUAGUCGUUCUAGUAUUCAUUCUAUCCAUUGGUUCUCUUAUUAUCUACUUUUAUGAUGCCUCACAUCCAAAUUUUCAAGUGGAAACUUGCGUAUCAUGGUCCGAUAGUCCAUCACAGCAAAUCGAUCUCGGCUUCAAUAUAUUCUUUCUAAUCUAUUUUUUUAUAAGGUUCAUUGCUGCUUCUGACAAAGUUUGGUUUUUGCUGGAAGUUUACAGCUUCAUUGAUUACUUUACAAUACCACCUAGUUUUGUUGCUAUUUAUUUGGAAAGAAAUUGGCUAGGCUUACGUUUUUUACGUGCUUUACGGUUGAUGACUGUACCUGAUAUUUUGCAAUAUUUAAAUGUACUCAAAACAUCUUCCUCAAUACGUCUUACUCAACUUCUUUCAAUAUUCAUAUCAGUCUGCUUGACUGGAGCAGGAUUCAUUCAUGUGCUUGAAAAUAGUGGUGAUCCAUUUAAAAAUUUUGCCAAUACACAUCGAAUAACGUAUUGGGAUUGUGUUUAUUUUUUGCUAGUCACAAUGUCUACUGUUGGUUAUGGUGAUAUUUAUUGUACAACCUUUUUGGGAAGAUUAUUUAUGGUUUUCUUCAUACUUGGUGGAUUGGCAAUGUUUGCCAGCUAUGUUCCUGAAAUAGCAGAUUUGAUCGGAUCAAGACAAAAAUACGGAGGUGAAUAUAAAGGCGAGCAUGGCAAAAAACAUAUUGUUGUUUGUGGUUAUAUAACUUAUGAAUCUGUCAGUCAUUUCUUGCAAGAUUUUCUACAUGAAGAUCGGGAAGAUGUUGAUGUUGAAGUAGUAUUUUUACAUAGAGUACCUCCUGAUCUUGAACUAGAAGGCCUUUUCAAAAGGCAUUUUACAAAAGUAGAAUUUUUUACUGGAACAGUUAUGGAUUCAAUUGAUCUAUCUCGUGUUAAAGUUGAUGAAGCAGAUGCUUGCUUGGUACUUGCUAACAAAUAUAGCAGUGAUCCUGAUGCUGAAGAUGCUGCUAACAUAAUGCGUGUAAUUUCCAUAAAAAAUUACAGUUCAGACAUACGUGUAAUUGUACAACUAAUGCAAUACCAUAAUAAGGCUUAUUUACUAAACAUUCCGUCAUGGGAUUGGCGUCGUGGAGAUGAUGUAAUUUGUUUAGCUGAAUUAAAGCUUGGCUUCAUUGCUCAGUCAUGUCUCGCACCAGGUUUUUCAACAAUGAUGGCUAAUUUAUUUGCAAUGCGUUCUUUUAAAACGUCGCCGCAUACUCCAUCAUGGCUCAACGACUACUUACGUGGUGCUGGCAUGGAAAUGUACACAGAAUCCUUGUCUCAUUCAUAUGUUGGCAUGACUUUCACGGAGGCUGCCGAGUUUUCCCGCAAUACUCCGGACUGGUUAAACUUGUAUCUGUGUGGUGCAGGUAUGGAAAUGUACACAGAUACAUUAUCACACGGUUUCGUAGGCAUGACGUUUCCGGAAGCAGCUGAUUUACUUUUCACGCGGUUAGGACUAUUAUUAUUGGCAAUUGAACUGAAAGAUGAUGAAAAAAAAGAAUGCAAUAUUGCUAUUAAUCCAGCACCUUCUACAACUAUUCAACCUCAAACUCAAGGAUUUUUUAUUGCUCAAUCUGCUGAUGAAGUAAAACGAGCUUUCUAUUGGUGUAAACAAUGUCAUGAAGAUAUUCUUGAUGUCUCGCUAAUUAAAAAAUGCAAAUGUCGAAAUUUAGCUCUUUUCCGAAAAGGAGCUAAACAAAUUCAACUUUCUAAACGAAUUGCUCGUGCAACACCUAUGUCAAAUGCAGCAAACGAUACCGUACAACUGCGCAGACUUGAUCAAAGGCUUGUUAUUGAGCUUUUUUUCAAUGGUUUAUUGGGAUUAAACAAAUGUAUUUUAAAGCGUUCAGUUGGACGAAAAAAUUCAUUAAGUUUGCUACCAGAGGGGCGCGGAAUGGAUCCUACGAAAGAAUUCGAACAACAAGAUAUGAAAUACGAUAGUACGGGAAUGUUUCAUUGGUGUCCGGCACGAACGCUUGAAGAAUGCGUUUUAGAUCGCCAUCAAGCAGCAAUGACAGUAUUAAACGGACAUGUUGUUGUUUGCUUAUUUGCGGAUCGUGAUUCGCCGUUAAUUGGCCUUCGUAACUUUGUCAUGCCUCUUCGUGCCUCAAAUUUUCAUUAUCAUGAACUUAAGCAUGUUGUUAUUGUUGGUGAUGUGGAAUAUCUAAAAAGAGAAUGGAAAACGUUGUAUAAUUUACCCAAAAUUUCUAUUUUAAAUGGAUCACCGCUCUCUCGAGCAGAUUUACGAGCUGUUAAUAUAAAUUUAUGCGAUAUGUGCGUAAUUGUAUCCGCUCGUAUACCAAAUCCAAACGAAGACCCAACCUUAGCUGACAAGGAGGCCAUCUUAGCAUCACUGAACAUUAAAGCUAUGCAGUUUGAUGACACUCUUGGUUUUUAUCCACUACGUCAGACUGGUGGAGCCGUGUCACCGCUUGGUAGUCCGUUAUCAUUACAAAAAAAAGGCGCACGAUUUGGUACCAAUGUACCAAUGAUUACCGAAUUAGUUAACGAUUCUAAUGUACAAUUUCUGGAUCAAGAUGAUGACGAUGAUCCCGAUACUGAACUCUACCUCACACAACCUUUUGCGUGUGGAACUGCAUUCGCGAUUUCAGUGCUGGAUUCCUUAAUGAGCACCCCGGUUUUUGCUAAUUUAUAUAAAUUCCAUGGUUUCCACUUACAAAGUUGUUCUUCACAGACAUAUUUCAAUGAUUCCGCGUUGACGUUGAUUCGAACAUUAGUGACGGGUGGAGCCACUCCAGAACUGGAGUUAAUUUUGGCAGAAGGAGCAGGGUUACGAGGAGGAUACAGCACACCUGAAACACUUAACAAUCGAGAUCGUUGUAGAAUUUCCCAAUUAGCUUUACAAGACCAACCUUUUGAAGGAAUUACAACUGGUAGCUCGUACGGACAAAUGUUUAGCAUUGCUCUGAAAAGAUAUGGACAAUUAUGCAUUGGCCUAUACCGACUACAUGAUCAAGCAGCUGUUGAUUCAAACAAACGAUAUGUAAUUACAAAUCCACCAGCUGAAUUAAGAUUACUACUGAGCGAUUAUGUUUACGUAUUGGAGCAAUUUGAUCCCGGUCUAGAAUAUGAACCCAGGAAGAACUUCCUAUGA